AUGAUAUUGAUAGCAAUUUGUGGAGUUCUUACUGGGAUUUUAGGAGUCUUUAAAAGUAUUGUUGAAAUCAUCGAUAACGAUUUUGCUUGCACUCACUCAUAUUGGUAUUACGUUCUAGUGCUGGUUCACUUUCUCAUUUUCCAAGUUCUCAAUCAAAUCAUUUUAUGGGAAAUCGUAUACAUUACCUUUUUGAGAUCAGCUGUCAUUCUUGAUGUACGCUAUGGAAUAAUUGAAGAAGUGACGGACAAGGCUCAAAUUGCCGAGGCUUUGAAUGGGAAAACUUGUGUACCGAAGAAAGUUUAUACUAUAGCUGCUUUUGCUGGAAAUUGUUUGAGACGGAUUCUACUGACUAUCGCUGGAAUAACAAGCUUGAUUGUACCCAUAUUGAUCAUGUUAAUUCUCUCGGUUUUCCUGGUUUUCGAGUUACGAACUUCAAUUUCAUCUACGAUAAUAUCAACAGAAUCCUCGAAUCGACAGAAUACAACUGCACGAGCUCUUCUUCUUUUCCUCUGUUUUUAUGUAAUGGCUGAACUUCCAUAUGUUCUUCUUUUCAGUAUUGGUCUCUAUAAUCCUGCUGAUUUUGAACAAUUAGAUGAGUACACUUACACUCAAGUUGAUAUCUUCAUCUAUGUGAAUAUGUGUCUCGGAAUUCUUGUCUAUUGUCUCAUGUCAUCUCAAUAUCGUGCUACUGUACUUGAAACUUUUUGGAGAAAGAAUCAAGUAUCAACAAUUGAUAAAACCUCUAGGAUGACAGCAUGA